UUGCGAGUGGCCGCCGCCGUCUUGUGAGGCUGCCGCGGUGCGACUCGCCCCGGAUUGUCGCGCGCGCUUUGCCCGCUCGCCGUCGCAAGAUGAGCGCGGCGGUGGCCGACGGCUGCUUCCUGUCCGCCCUGCAGCCCAACUCGUCCCGCACCGCCUACGUGGUUCCCUCGGACGGCCGCUGUUCGGACGCCGGGGCCAAGGCGCGAAGGGUCCAGGAGCAGGUUCGCCUGCGCCUGGCCGAGAAGAGGUCGCCGUCGCUGGGGAGGCUGGCCGACGCCGCCGACGACGACGACGCGCCGUUCGGAGCGGCGGCAGCAUGCGAGUACACCCUCCCCACGGCGAGAGGCUUCAGCUCCAGAUCGAUGAUCCACACGCCGAGUCGCCCCAUAGCGGUGGCCACGAUGCCGUCCCGCAACUUCUCGUCCCGCUCGGCGACGGAGACCUCGUCCAAGCUGCGAGUCAGCGUGGCGCGGAGCAGCUUCCAAACGCACGCCGGCCGCCGCGCCAAGUCGUUGUGCCAGGGCGAGAUGAGCGAUCGCUGGGCGCUGCCGCCGCCGCCCUUGGAGUACCUGAUUCCGCCGCCCGCCGGCCUGAGGCGCACCCUCAGCGGCACCCUGGCCCCCCGGGGCCCGCCGGCCGGCUACUGGCCCGACGAGGAGAUGGCGCCGCACUCGACCUACCGGGGCCCCUCGCACCGCACCAUCAGCCGCAUCGCCAACCGGCAGCAGCAGCACGGCGUCGCCUACGGCCACGACGGCUGGGCGGGUCAGCGCGCCCCGCAGUGGCACGUCCACCGCCCCGGCCGGGCUCCGGGCUACCAAAAUGCCGCGCUGCACGUGGCCUCCCUGCAGAGGGCGGCGUCCCUGCGCAGCGUCAGGAGCGCCGGCAAAGGAUUGGACAUCGCCGACGGGGCGUCCGAUGGCAGCGACGAUCUGCCGGGAGGGAUGCGAGGUCUGGACAUGCGCACCGCCGUCCGGUAUUUGUCGGAGCCCGACGCCGCGCUGCAGAUUCUGGGAGCCGCCUACCUUCAGCACCGCUCGUACCACAGCGACGAGAGCAAAAAGGAGGCGCGCCUCCUGCGGGGCAUCCCGGCUCUGGUUGGGCUUUUCUCCAGCGACGACGCGGAGGUGCGGCGCUUGGCCACGGGCGCCGCGCGCAACCUCAUCUACGACAACGCCGACAACAAGGCGGCGCUGGUGGACGCCGGCGGGGUGGCGCGCCUCGUCGCCGUCUUGGGAGAAGCGGACGAGGAGCUCCGCAAGAACAUCACAGGCGUGCUGUGGAAUCUGUCGUCCAGAGACAACCUGAAGGAGAAGCUGUGCGGGGAGGCCUUGUCGGAGCUCAGCGCCCGAGUCCUCGUCCCCCUCUGCGCCGGCCUCCCGCUCGGCCCCUCCGAGAGGGAAGUCUUCAACAACGCCAGCGGAUGCCUCAGAAACCUGAGCUCGAGCAGCCGCAGGGCGCGAGAGAAGAUGAGGGACACGUCGGGUCUGGUGGACUCGCUGGUGUCUUACGUCCAGCAGGAAGUGGGCACCGAUGACAAGGGUCUGGAGAACUCGCUGUGCGUGCUGAGGAAUCUGUCCUACCAGCUGUACUCGGAGCUGCCCCGCUCGGUGCGACUCCGGCUGGAGGGUCCCGGCAGAAGCUCCGCCCCCGCGGACGCCGAGGCCAUCGGCUGCUUCACCGCGUACGGCAAGAAGAACGCCGAGCAUCAGCGGCGGCAGAGCCUGGCCAUCAUGUCGGAGGCGUCGCGAGAACCGCGCGGCGCCGAUUGGCUGUGGCACCCGCGGGUGGUGGCGCUGUACAAUCGGGUCCUCCGGAGCGCCGAGAGCGGGCGCGCCGCCAGGGAGGCGGCCGUCGGGGCUCUGCAGAACCUCACCGCCGGAGACGCCGCGUGGUCGGCGGUGCUCAGCGCGGUGGUCCUGGAGCAGGAGAGGAUGCUGCCCACCCUGCUGGACCUGCUGGACGGCGCCGACGAGGCCGAGCUGCGAGCGCUCACCGCCCUGCUGAGAAACCUGGCCAGGCACGCGCACAACAAGGACCUUGUCGCCAAGAGCGCGGUGAACGUGCUGGUGCGCAAGCUGCCCGCCGACGGCCUUCAGAAGACGCCGUCCGGCGAGGUGGUGGUCAACAUCUGCAGCGCCCUCAACCACCUGGUGACGCGCAGCUCCCUGGCGGCCCGCGACAUCUCCUACUUCAACGGCCUGCCCAAGCUGGUGGCCAUCAAGACGUCGCACGACAACAGCUCCGCAGGUCUGCAAGCCGCCAGAGCCGCGGCCACCGUCCUCUGCAACAUGUUCCAGUACAGCAAACUGCACAAAGACUACAAACUGAAAGGAUUCGCGCGUCGAGAUUUUGCCGACGCCAGCGUCUGAAAGCACCAAGACGGACUUCCCUCAACCGGAAGUGGGCUAACCAGCUAACCGUAGCGAAAGGGGAACAGGAAGUGCCCGCCCGGGGCUCAUCCGGUCUAACUGCUUCCACGUUUCCAUGACAACACUCACUCAUCACUAAAACAUUUGUUUACAACCA